AUGAAGGAGGAAGAGUUCAACGAGCUCAAGCAGAAUCUCGACAGCUACACCCCGCUACUCCCAGAGUCGGUGACAGACUACUUCAUGGAAAAAGCCGGCGUGGUUACUUCCGACCAGAGUGUGAAGAAGCUCGUUUCCCUCCUGGCUCAUAAGUUUGUGACAGACAUCGCUGUUUCCUCUUUCCAAUAUCACAGGAUAAACCAGAAGGCUGCACAGAAGGACAAGCGAUUUGCAAAGGAAAAAAAGCCCACCUUCCAGCUGGUGGAUCUUGAAAAGGCCCUUGAGGAGGUGGGAAUAAGCAUAUCAAGACCUCAUUAUUACAUGUAA